UUUACUUACAGAGUGAACAUGGCAUGGUUGAAUAAUGGUUAAAGAGAUUCAGUAACCGUCUCAGGCCGUCUUUUCCUGCGAGUUUUUCAACAUGCCCAAAGAAAUAUGUCGUAUACAAUAUGUGUCGGUGUUAGAUUCUAUCAAAAUACACGUUCUCUCGUUCGUGUUCGGCAUUUGGGUGAUAUUCAAAAAACUGGCGAAAUGGUUCUGGGACCCCAAGAAAACAAAUAGUGGACUGCAACGCGAUAACCCUCCUAGCUGCCUUGUUGAUACGUCCUUGGGUCAACAUAAAUAUGUUAAAUUGAAGGGAAUCAAAUUCCACUACGUGGAAUCCGGUCCGAAGGACCAACCACUGAUUCUGCUCCUCCAUGGCUUCCCAGACUUUUGGCUGAGCUGGAGAUACCAAAUCCCAGUCCUGUCCCAACAUUUCAGAGUGGUUGCUCUGGAUCUGAAAGGAUUUGGAGAUUCGGACAAGCCUGUCUGGAGAACAAGUUACAAAAUAGAUAAGAUCCUGAAGGAAAUCGAGGACUUCGUUCAUGCGCUUGGGGUGUUUGAAUGUACCAUUAUGGGGCAUGAUCUUGGAGCUCUAAUCGGAUGGUAUUUAGUGCACCAUAAUCCUUCGUUAGUGAAGAAGUUUUUUGCAAUAGCCUGUCCACAUCCGAACGUCUACUGGCAAAAUCUUACUAGUACCAGGAGCUACCAAUGGCUAAACUUUGUACAGGUUCCCUACCUGCCAGAAAUAGACGCUUUGAAAGAAGACGUAAAAAUCAUCAACCAGUACCACAAACAUCUUCCAGCCAAUGACAUUUAUCUUGAAGCAUACAAAUACACAUAUUCAAGGCAAGAAGAUUGGACUGGGCCAAUAAACUAUUAUAGGAAUCUACCUUUCCUGAAAAUUAAUGAAGAAUCCGAGAACGUUCCAACACCUGUCAUUCUGAUAACGGGAAACAAAGAUAAGCUUGUGAAACUAGAAGGCAUUGUGAAGUCAACAGAGUUUUGUGAAAGGUUUUAUAUGAAAAUCAUAGAUGGCUGUGAGCAUUUUCCUCAUCAAGAAGACCCCAAGUCGUUUAAUAAGGUUUUGAUGAAAUAUUUGAUGCCGAAAAAAUCAUCCGAAUCUCUUGAUAGGACUAUAGAAAAAUCUCCUUCUAAAAGACUGGUCCAAGGAAUACUUGGUGCUGUUAGUACUACGAUGAAAUACGGAAAUAAUGUUAUAGAUAACGUUCAAAAAAGGACCAAUGAAGUAGUAGGAAACAUACCCACUAUGGGUAUGCUACCGAGUUAUAUUCAUCCUAAUUCGUAAAAAUUGAAUAUAAAUUUAAAAUCGAUGGUGAAUGACGUUAUAGUCGUUUAUCUAUUUGAAAAGCGCACUCAACUUUUGAAAUAAAGUAUGGUGCAUUCUCAAGAAGAAGAUAUGUCUGAAAUGAACAUAUUAAUCGUUUUUCGUCUGAUGAUAUUCCAGGUAUCCAAGGCCUAAGCCUCAAGCCCAUAUUCUCGUUUUCUAAGAAUCGAAUGU